UUUGGCAAAGUCUUCGGGAUGGAGAACAACCAGUCAGAUGUCUCCAGUGAGCUGUGAGCUGAAGACAUUUUAACAUAUCAGUGGACACAUCAUGAUCAUCUUGAACUGAAAAAAAACUUGUAUUUGUACUUAGAAGAAGAAUAAGAGAACUAGAGUCGGGAUGAACAGAGACAAGUGCGCAAAGACUGCGCUCCGGAGCCAGAAACAACCCAGAUUGCAGCAGGUUUCUGCCCAAAAGAAGAAGAAAGGUCUUGCUUCUAUAGAUGCCCAAAGUGGCCCUCGGUCAGGUCAGUUGGACUCUGGGAAGGAGGUCAGAUCGGCGGGACUGCAGGGGAAACGACCGGUAAACGUGUCAUCGUGCGCCACGGUGGAGUGCCCCGGCGCGCAGAGGAAACUGUCCGACGCCAGCAACACAUCAGAGGACCUGAGCAAAGACUCCGGCUGCCUGUCUGGGAAACUCUCCUCCUCUGACAGCAGCUCAGAAAUAUCCGACUGCCCCUCGGAGGGCAACAGCAAUAAGCACAACUUCGCGAGUAGCGACAGUUAUUUAAGCUGGAUUGACGGGGAAGCUUUUUUGAGCCCGGACAGCGAGAGGAAAGGCGACGGGAAACCGUGCGUAAAGUUACAGAGGCAUACCUGCGCUCUCCAGCCUGAUGCUGCUGGACAGGGUCUCAGUCUGUUUAACUCUUCGGGGUCAUUUAUGGAUCUCAUGAUGGGAGAGACCACCGAAGAUCUUGUCAGGGAGGUGGACGAUUUGAGGUCGGAGAACGAGUAUUUGAAAGAUGAGGUGGAGGAGCUUCGCUGUGAGAUGCUGGAAAUGCGCGACAUGUUCCAGGAGGAGGAGGUGUUCCAGCUGCAGGAGCUGCGUCUGCAGCUGGAGCACGCCAACAAGACCUGUCGCAUCCUGCAGUACCGCCUCCGCAAGGCCGAGCGCCGCAGCAUCCGAGUGGCUCAGACGGGGCAGGUGGACGGGGAGCUGGUCCGAGGCUUGGAGCACGAUAUUAUGGUUGCAAAGAGUGUGUCCCUCCGGCUGUACAACGAGCUAGAGGGGGUGCAGAAGAAGAAUUCCCAGUUGGAGUGGGAAAAUGAGGCACUGCGUGAGAAGACCCAGGAACUGGAAGUGGCCAAGCAGGUGUUACAGGCUGAGGUGGAGAAAGUCAGAGAGAGCACUCUGAAGAAGAAAAGCCUCCGAUCAACAGCCAGUAGAGCUGAGAAAAGGCUCUCUCAACAGAUCGAGGAUGACAGUGCAGAUCUCAGGUGCCAACUUCACUUUGCCAAAGAGGAAUUAGCUCUCAUGUGCAAGAAGCUCACCAAGUUGGUAUCAGAGAGCGAAGGCAUGCGGGAAGAGCUGGCCAAAUACCACUCAGCCUACGGCGACAUCCAAUUGCCUGAGAGCAAACAAAACUCCGCCCACGCCAGGGAGGCUGGGGUCAGAGUUCACCUAAAACUGGUGGAGGAAGAGGCCACACUCCUGAGCCGGCGCGUUGUCGAACUGGAGGUGGAGAACCGUGGCCUGCGAGCAGAAAUGACUGACCUGAAAGAGAAAACGGGAAGAGGAGGGGAGGAGGAGGAGGAGGAGGAAGAAGAAAACCGGGAUGCGUUGGAGGAAAAUCUGUCAGCUGGCACACCGGUGAACGACAGAGAGGGAAGUUUGAAAAUAGCAUGCACGACGUACAAGGAGGGUCAGGACGAGGCGGCAAUGGAAGGUAAAAGUGAUGUUGAGACUUCAUCGCAGACUGACGGCGCGAUUACUACUUGUCAGGAGGGUCCUGUGGGUGGUGAGUGGGACCCUUUAGACAGUCAUGAGAGUGAAAACGACACAAAACUGGAUAGAGGUCUCAUGGGAAUGACUGUGAAAGACUUUGAAACUCUUCUAGCUCUCAGAGAUCAUUCCUGCAUUUUAAGUUCAGCCAUCCAGCUUCUCACGACACCACAAACCACUGGCCACUCCUCUACCUCAUGUGCUUUCACCUCUCUGACAGAGGUGGAUUUAGAUGGCAAGGCACAUCAAAUAGUCUCACCAGGGCCUUUGAAUGAGGCUUUGGAGCUUCUUCAGGCCAUGCUGUUGGCUUUAAUUGGGAGGGUGGAGACGUUCCUAACAGGAGAAGAUCCAGGCAAACUCUUUCUCUCUGGAGACGGUAAAGAUCUUAAUCUCAUAGAGUUACCACGUAAGCAAGGUGUAGCAGACCUCCACACCUCAGAGGUUAAGGAGAGAGAAGGACAAGUGAGGCAGGCAACUGCCUUCCAAUCGGACCUCAUCCGCAGCUGCAGGGACCCAAAAAUGCGAAUGUCCUUGCAGAUUCUGUGGAUCCUCCAUCAGUGGUGUCACUUCAAAGGACGCGAGGUGGAGGCAAAAGAGGGUAAAGACCAAACCAUGCGUAUUCUGGGGGGGUUGUUGCAAGAUCUCGGUGCAGAGCUUCGGGAUGAGCAGAUUGAAUUCAACAGUGAGGCCAAGACCACCCAAGGCAAGGCAGCCGAGUGUGCUGUUAGUGGUCUCUUUCAUAAUGAAGAUGACAGAAAGUGCAGCUCAAAAGUGAAAGGAGUUUGUCGACAGUUUUCUCCUCAAGGCUGUAAGAGGAAGAACUGGUGCUAUCUGAGCCACGAGGCUGCCCAGCUGGACCAAGAGGACCCAGUUAAGACGUGGGACCAUCUAAUCAUGCCGCUUAGCUUCCCUUAUCUGGACUUUGACCAGAUGUCUAUGGAGAGAAGCCACACUUGCCCAGAGAAGUCAGCCUUCCGCAUCUACUACAGCCCCCCAUCAGCUCGCAGAGUCCAGCUGGCUCAGCUGAAGCAAAGCCCCGUCGCAGACAGAGAGUCUGUCAACUCUGGCUCGCCCUGGUGCACACCGCCGACCUCCUUCUCUCCGCUCUGUCUGGGCUCAGCUGCGAACCUCAGCGACGACAUGAAGGAAAUGACGGCCGGCUGGCGGGGGACGGUUCAAGGCAGUUCACAGGAGAGGAGAGGGAGAUCACAGCAGCGCUGGGUGGACGUGGCCUGUUCAGGGACCCAGACCCACAUGAAGCCACAGAUGGUGAGUGUUGGUCUGCAGACAGAUGGCUCAGCCACUGUGAGAAGCAGUCCAUCCCAGGUCCUGAGCACCUCCCUGGUCUCCGCCCGGUCUCACCACAUCUCCGCCUCACUGGACGGGGUGUCAGGCAGAGUUGAGAGGCCCAGACCCUCCACCUCCUCGCCUAAACUCUACCGGAGACACUCUACAUCCGCAGUAUUCUCUCCCCCCUCAUCCACCAAUUUGAGCUCCUCCUCCUCGUCUACAUCCACCUCGAGAGAUCGAGCACUGUGGAACCUGAACCACCAGAGCCGCACUGGCCUCACAUGGACCCGGCAAACCAGUCACAGAGCCGGUGCAGGACAGAACCACGGCUCUGCAAGCAACGCUAAGCCCCCAAGCAAACCUGCAGGCACCCACCGGUACGGCAUGGUCACAGAGUUCCUGCGCAGGGUGAGCGGCCGGACAGAGAAACCGGUACCGGUUCCGGGGUCAGGGCAGAAGACGAAGAACAGUCUGAAGAACCUGGAACGCGCUCCAACGAGGCCUGCUGCCGCUCCGCUGCACAGAAGUGACAGCGUGACAAGGAUCGUCAACAAUAGGUUCAUGAAGCAAAGAGAGGAGGCCGGUCGGGCCCAGAGAGAGGAGAAAACCAGGAGUCUGGACCACGGUGUCCACCACAGGCCCAGUACAGUCGUAGCAGAGGAUGGAAACUACGACUGCAGCUCUGGCAGCACUUUGACCUUCUGCUUCGCUCGCCCAUCUCGCUCCACCCAGAGACAAAUGUCACACCAGAGCAAACUCCACCGGCACUCCACCAGAUACUCGCCUCCAGCAAGCACGGCUGCAGAAUCCAACUGCGAGUGACCGGGCGGAGAAAAUCCAGAGACUCCUGGACUCAGAGCGCUCAGAGACGGGGACGGGAAUUUCAAAAAUGAAAUCUUCUAAUGUAAACCUGCUGCAGCGCAGGAAGGUUGAACUGGGAAAACCGGCACACUGGAGGUGGGAUGGUCGGACUUUUUAGCUUUCUACUUUUCUUUUGGUACAUUUUUAGAAUCCUUUUACAAUGGGCUAACUGUGGAUUUCAAUUAUAAAAAGCUACAAUGUUGCAAAGCUAAAUUCAUAUUUACAACAGGAUUUUGCACUUAUAUUGUAAAAAUGAGCUUCAUAGUAUCGUUGUAGAAUUUCGCAGUGAAGAAACUGU